ACGUUUGUAUAGAUGGCAAGAGGAAUUUGAUUGAUCACGCUCAGAAUUCAAUGACAUUGCUGGAGAACACCUGGAAUGAGAACAAGCUUAUUUUGUUUGGACUGUUCAAGCAAGCCAAUGUUGGCCCAAGUCAACACCUGUGCCGUCCGGGGAUGUUCAACAUGAGGGAUAGAGCCAAGUGGAAUGCAUGGAAAGCUGUUGAA